UACAGAUACUAACAUGCAGCUCAUUUCCAAUCUGAUGUUAUUACUUGUUAUUAAUACUACGCAAAUAAUCGUGCUCAUCCCUGAGGCAUGUAAGGCUAACCCAGUUAGCUGCAGGUUGUGGACCGACCCCAAGUUACCAGAUAUAUUUAUGAAUGGGGACUUUAUGCUUGGAGGAAUUUUUGCCAUCCAUGAUUCUGUAAGAUUAGAUCAAAUAUCUUACACCGGGUUGCCAUCACAGAGAAAGUGCUCUGGCAUGGAUUUCAGAGAAGUGCGCUUUGCCCGUGCCAUGGAGUUCACCAUCCAUGAAAUCAACAACAGAACAGAUCUCCUCCCGGGCAUCACAUUAGGAUAUCAGAUAUAUGAUUCAUGCUCCACUGUGCCAAUGGCCAUCAAAGUUGCAUUUCAGCUUGCGAAUGGUUUGGAGACGGAUUUUAAUAACACAAAUUCCUGUUCAAAAUCUGCAGUUGCCGCUGUAACAGCUGUAAUAGGAGAUUCUGCUUCAACACAAUCAAUCAGCAUAGCCAGGGUGCUUGGUCUGUUUGGGAUUCCACAGGUGAGUCACUAUGCGACCUGCUCAUGUCUGAGUGAUAAGCUUCAGUAUCCCACCUUCUUUAGGACCAUUCCUAGUGACCAACAUCAAGCAGCCGCACUGGCACGGUUGGUCAAGCAUUUUGGUUGGACAUGGAUUGGAGCAGUGCGCAGCGACACGGAUUAUGGAAAUUACGGAAUGGCAUCAUUCCUAAAUGCUGCGCAGGCGGAGGGGAUCUGCGUGGAAUACUCCGAGGCCUACUACAGGACGCAGCCGCUCAGUAAACUGGAGCGAAUUGCAAACGUGAUCCGCAGCUCCACAGCUCGAGUUAUAGUGGCGUUUAUGGCAUCAGGAGACAUGAGGCUUCUUUUAGAAGAGCUCUCACGGCAGCCACCGCCUCCACUUCAGUGGAUUGGAAGCGAAACGUGGAUCACCGAUCCUGAUUUUCUGCGCUAUAACAUGUGUGCCGGCGCCAUAGGGUUUGGUGUUCCCCGGUCAGUUAUUCCUGGCCUUCGUGAGUUUCUUUUAGAUCUGACUCCAGCUAAAGUGUUAGAGUCAUCUCUGUUUACAGAGUUUUGGGAAAACUCGUUCAGCUGUUCCCUUAAAAGGAGACCAGAAAACACAGAGGGCGCACGGGAAUGUGGUGGCCACGAGGACAUUCACACGCUCCAGAACGCGUAUUUGGACACAUCUCAGUUGCGCAUCACGAACAUGGUGUACAAAGCGACAUACGCCAUAGCACAUGCAAUCCAUGGACUCAUUUGUAAUGAGACAAAGUGCGACAAAAAUAUAAAAAUUUUACCAUGGCAGAUAUUUGACCAGCUUAAAAUAGUAAACUUCACUACAAAUAACGGAUUUCAGGUCUCAUUUGACUCUAAUGGAGACCCUCCAGCUGUCUAUGAACUCAUAAACUGGCAAUUUAAGAACGAUGGAGCUCUAGAUUUCGUCACAGUGGGCCAGUAUGACUCGCUCAGACCAAGAGGUCAAGAGUUUAGAAUGAGCAAAAAUAUCAGCUGGGUUGGAGGACAGAAAGAGGUACCAGUGUCUGUGUGCAGUGAGAGCUGCCCCCCAGGCACCAGGAAAGCGGUACAGAAGCGAAGGCCUGUCUGCUGUUUUGACUGUAUAACAUGUGCAGAAGGAGAGAUCAGUAACCACACAGACUCAUUGGAUUGCUCCUAUUGUCUUCCUGAGUUUUGGCCCAACACAAAGCAAGACCGCUGCCUUCCCAAACCUGUUGAGUUCCUCUCCUGGGAUGAAACUCUGGGCAUCAUCCUAACAGUGUUCUCCAUAGCAGGGGCCUUCAUGGCUGUGUGUGUAGCUGCAGUCUUUUACAAGCACAGGGCGUCUCCUAUUGUUAGGGCCAACAACUCUGAGCUGAGCUUCCUGCUGCUCUUCUCACUGACCCUGUGUUUCCUCUGUUCACUUACUUUCAUUGGUCAGCCCUCUGAGUGGUCCUGUAUGCUGCGCCACACAGCGUUUGGGAUCACCUUCGUCCUCUGUAUCUCCUGUGUUCUGGGAAAAACCUUAGUGGUCUUAAUGGCCUUCAGAGCUACACUUCCAGGCAGCAAUGUUAUGAAAUGGUUUGGGCCUCCACAACAGAGACUCAGUGUGAUCUCAUUUACUCUCAUACAAGUGAUUAUUUGUGUGGUCUGGUUAAAAAUAUCACCUCCUUUCCCUUUCAAAAAUCUCAAACACUACAAGGAAAGAAUAAUCUUGGAAUGUGGUUUAGGUUCUGCUAUAGGUUUCUGGGCUGUGCUGGGUUAUAUAGGAGUCCUGGCACUUUUGUGUUUUAUUUUGGCUUUUCUGGCCCGGAAGCUACCUGACAAUUUCAAUGAAGCCAAAUUCAUCACAUUCAGCAUGCUGAUAUUCUGUGCAGUGUGGAUCACCUUUAUUCCAGCUUAUGUCAGCUCUCCUGGAAAAUUCACUGUAGCUGUGGAGAUUUUUGCAAUAUUAGCUUCAAGCUUUGGUUUAACUAUUUGUAUUUUUGCUCCCAAAUGUUUUAUCAUUAUUUUCCGGCCAGAGGAGAAUACCAAGAAACACCUCAUGGGUAAAGUGCCCUCUAAAGCGCUCUGAAAUUUAUA